UUGGCAGUAUUUAAAUAACACUUAAUUUCUUCCACCUCUAACAGCAACCCUACGUGUCAGCUCAUGCGUCGGUGUAAAUACUGAGUUUUUUUUAAAUUCGCGGCGUACAAAUUUGUGCAAUUUGGCAGCAGCAGCAACAGCAGGAGCUUACCGCAAGCUCCAUUACACGUAGCUGAUUGGUUGUAGAUACCCUGGAAGAGGAGCCGGAAGGGGAAGCCGCAUCAGCUGGAGUGCUGCCGGAGGAAAAGUGCAAACUACCAUAGGAAAUACAAUAAAUAACAUAUUUAGGAUAUGGCGGGUCAAAAGUUCCAGUACGAUGAGAGCGGCGGAACAUUCUACUACUUUGUGUUAUCAUUCCUGGCCCUCAUACUGAUACCCACGACGAUUUAUUAUUGGCCACGUAAAAAGAAAGAAGAUCCGGGAAAAUCAAAGGAAGAGUGCCAGUGCGCCGACUGCCUAAAGAAGAAAAGGAUUCUGGCCAACGCAGAACCAUACAGAGCCCUGAAAUCAUGGACCAUCAAGCUAACCAUCGUGCUGGGAUGGGCCCUACUGCUCUUCCUCACAUACCGCGUCUCACAGUUCGAUUACGAGAUGGCCAGCUUCGAUCCGUUCGAAAUUCUGGGUGUUCCGCCAUCCUCAUCCCAGGCGGAGAUCAAGAAAGCCUAUUACCGACUGUCCAAGGUGCUGCAUCCGGACAAAGAGACCGGUGACGAGAAGUCCUUCAUGAUGCUGAGCAAAGCCUAUCAGGCUCUAACAGAUGAAGUGGCCAAGGAGAACUACGAAAAGUAUGGAAAUCCCGAUGGCCCCGGUGCCAUGUCGUUCGGCAUUGCUCUGCCCUCGUGGAUCGUCGAGAAAGAGAAUAGUGUUUGGGUGUUGGGUCUGUAUGGUCUGGUGUUUAUGGUGGCUAUGCCAUCGGCGGUGGGUGUGUGGUGGUAUCGUUCCAUUCGCUUCAGUGGCGACAAAGUCCUUCUCGACACCACUCAGAUGUACUUCUACUUCAUUCACAAGACACCGCACAUGCUGUUGAAGCGCGCCCUCAUGGUGUUGGCUGCCAGUUUGGAGUUCGAUAAGCGACACAAUUCGCAAGUGCAGGAACGGCAGUCGGAUAACGAUGAAGUGCCCGCUCUAAUCCGGCAGCUGCCGAACCUUAAUGAAAAGUGCAAGGAGCAUCCAUUGUGCCGGAUGUAUUCGAUCAAGGCACGCGCCAUUCUCCACGCUCACCUAAGCCGGAUUCCACUCAACCCAGAGACCCUGGAACGAGAUCGUCAGUUCGUGGUGAAAAAGUGUCCUUAUCUAGUCCAAGAAAUGGUUUCCUGUGUCCACCAGCUGGUCAUGAUGGCGUAUGCUAGGCGUGUACCCCGCCUCCCAAGCAUUGAAACGAUCGAGAACUGCAUGAAAAUGUCGCCGAUGAUCAUCCAGGGACUGUGGGAGUUCAAGUCGCCGCUACUGCAGCUGCCCCACCUCACCGAGGACCAUCUGUACUUCAUGAACAAGAAGAGGCAUGUGAAGAAUCUCCAGCAAUUCGCCCAGCUAAAGCCGGAGGAGAGCCGAACGCUGCUAAAAAAUCUGACAGACUUUGAGUAUGAGAACACCAUGAAGGUGCUGGGCAAGAUGCCGUUGAUCGAUUUCUCCAUUCGAUGCGAGGUAAUUGAUGACGAGAACACCAAUGUGGUCACCGCGGGAGCUAUAGUUACUGUUACUGUUACCCUGGAGCGCAAGGACAUGAAGACGUUGUUCGGGGAUACAAAGGCCCCGGAGAAGCAGGGAAUAAACGAUGAUGCUAACGAAGAGGCUGCUGGAGAUGAUGAUGAUGCGGCUGCUACAGCUGUUCCAGCCAAAAAGACCUCCGCUUGGGCUAAGCCACGCAAGGGAGGCAAGGGAAAGGGUGGCAAAAAGCCCGCCCAGAACCAGAAAAACAAUCAGAAGAAGGCUCCACCAAAGGCCACUGCGGCUGCUGCGGCUGCUACUGCCGCCGCUUCCGAGGAUCAAACGGCAACGGGCAAUUCGGACGCUGAAUCAGAUGCGGGUGGAGCUGAUAACAGCGAUAUCGAAUCUGCCGCAUGCAGUGGCAGUGAGGAUGAGGAGAAGGGCAAUAAGAACCACUCCUCGCUGGAUGACGACGACGACGAGGAGUGGGAGCGCCUCCAAGCGAAGCUCAAUAAACGAGAGCGUCUGGAGGGCAAAUCGAGGCUCUCGCACACCGUCCACUGUCCGUUUUUCCCCGAGGAGAAGCAAGAGUAUUGGUGGACCUACAUCUGCGACCGGAAGUCUCGCACCCUGCUUACCGCACCCUACCAUGUGACCAAUCUGGUCGAAAAGGAGGAGAUCCAGCUGAAGUUUACAGCACCCCGUUGGCCCGGUGUCUACACCUUCACUGUGUGCCUGAGAUCAGACUCCUAUCUGGGCAUGGACCAGCAGCAGGAGCUGAAACUGGACGUGCAGAAGGCGCCCGUACCACCGACGGAUCAUCCCCAGUGGGAUCUGAGCGAAUCGGAGCCAGAGCACAACGAUCAGCAGGAGAACCUGAGCGACUACACCACAGACACGUCCGACGAGGAGGAUAGCGACUAGAUUGGGAAGGUUUUUUGGACAGUUGGGUCUCCACUAUCUGUUUUUGGGACGGAAGAAGCCUCUUUGUUUUCCUUUUAGUAAAUGAGUUUUGUGUCACGGAGAAGGAGGAUGAGGAGGCCCCGAUGCGAGAGCGACCUUCCUUCGCAUUUUUACUAGUUUUGUAAUGGAAAAUAUCCCGAAAUAGAGCGUAAAUAACUAUAAAAAAAAAAAAAAACAAGAACAAGAAAAA